UUACUUUGUAAAACAAAAAAAAAUCUUCAAAACAUCAACAAUAAAAAUGUUCAAAAUUUUCGUUAUUGCUGCUUCAAUUACCAUGGCAUAUGGUAGCGGAUAUGGUAUGGGUGGCGGUGGUGCUUCUGGCAUGAGCGCCGGUAAUGGUGGUGGUGGUGGCGGUGGGGGUUAUGGCGGUAUGGGUGGUGGUAUGGGUGAAACAGUUAAUUUGGCUGUUAAAUCAAAUCAUCGUGUUUCAUAUAGAGAAGUUGAAUCACAACGAAUGGUCAAACCAAUCACUGUUGAAAUCGGUGCUAUGGCCAUUCCAAUCAAUAUGAUUUUCCGAUCACAAUCAUCAGCAUUGAAUGUUAAACAAGAACAUCAAAGUGCUGCCGGUUCAAAUCAAGAAUCACAAUCUGAAGAUGAACCACAUAUCUUGAAACAUACAGUUAAAAAACCAAUCUAUCAAGAAGUUUAUGAAGUUAUUACACCAUACCGUAAAAUUACACAAGAAAUUAAACCAGUUGAAGAAGAAAUUAAAACAUUGAUCGCUAAACAAAGUAUGAUGAUGAAUGGUGGUGGUAUGGGUGGUGGAUAUGGUGGUGGUAUGAUGGCCGCUGCACCAAUGAUGGCAGCUGCACCAAAAAUGAUGGCCGCUGCACCAAAAAUGGCCGCUCCAAGUAUGGGCGGUUAUGGUGGUGGUGCUUCAAGCAUGAGUGCCGGUUCAAGCAUGGGUGGCUCAAGCAUGAUGAGCGGUUAUUAAGCUUAUCAAAAUAAAAAUAUUCCCAAAAAAAAAACACCCACCUAAUUUUGUAGUUGCCA